UUAUUUACUUUGCGGUAGCCGCUUUCAGGGGACAGAUAAACAGUAGAUGCCCAAUAAAGGGGCACGCGCCUCUUGGAGGAGCAGCUAAGAUUAAAAAACAAAAACAAAAACAAAAACAAAAACUGCCACCAUAUCCUCCGCACGUGCAGAGGACAAGUGUAAAACAAGAUGAAAGGAAGGUGUUGCCCAUGACAUCGGACGAUCGGUCGCCCGGCACGGCCGUCUGGGCGCUGGCCCCGCGCGAUCCGAUGGGACGCGAGACGCCGGCUCCAGGCUAACCCGAGGCGCAUCGCGGGCGGCGCGCUGGAAGCUGUGAUCCCGGACCGGGGCUGGGCUCCGCCGCGACCGCCGCGGCCCGACUCCACCGGACAGGCCAGAGGAGCCCAUUUUUGCAGCUCUCACGUUUUUGCAGAAUGCUGUAAGCGAUUGUCACAGCCGUUUCUCAAGAAAUAGAAAGUGUGGCACCCUCUUCCUCACAACAGAACUUUCACAGUUGCGUUCAAUGCCUAACGUUGCAGAAGCAGAAGGGGCAGAUGAUUCUGGAAAUGGUGAGCACAAAUCCGAGAGAAGGUCUCCCGAAGAGAGCCUGCAAGGUGCCGUUCAAUCUUUCUGCACCCGCGCCUCCGGAGAACCCCUGGGUCCCAGAGGGGAUGGCCAUUAUCCGUGGAGCUGUCCAGUGACCCACACUCGGGAGAAGAUUUACGCCAUCUGUUCAGACUAUGCCUUUCUCAACCAGGCCACCUCAAUCUAUAAAACUCCAAAUCCAGCUCGUUCUUGCCUCUCCGAUAGUACCUCUUUAUCUGCGGCAAAUAAUUCCUCAAGGUACAUUGGCAUCUCAGCCAGUACGUCGGACAUCAUCUACAAUGAAGAAAACAGCUUGGAGAACUUAUCCAACAGCCUGGGCAAGCUACCUCUCGCGUGGGAAAUUGAUAAAUCUGAAUUUGAUGGAGUGACCACAAAUUUGAAACACAAAUCAGGCAAUGGAAAGAAGCAAGUUUCCAAGAAAAAAACAUCAGAUAAGAAAGGAAAACAUCAAAGGGAGUGGGCUCAGUAUUCUCCUCUUGAAGAUAUUAAGCAGCGAAAAGUAUUAGACCUCAGACGAUGGUACUGCAUAAGCCGACCACAAUAUAAGACUUCUUGUGGCAUCUCCUCGUUAGUUUCUUGUUGGAAUUUCUUAUAUAGCACAAUGGGAGCUGGAAAUCUUCCAGCCAUCACUCAAGAAGAAGCUUUACAUAUUUUGGGCUUUCAGCCUCCAUUUGAAGAUAUUAGGUUCGGCCCCUUCACUGGAAAUACAACACUUAUGAGGUGGUUUAGACAAAUUAACGACCACUUCCAUGUAAAAGGCUGCUCAUAUGUUCUAUAUAAGCCUCAUGGGAAGAAUAAAACAGCUGGAGAAACUGCAUCUGGGGCCUUGUCGAAGUUAACUCAUGGAUUGAAAGAUGAAUCGUUAGCUUAUAUCUAUCAUUGCCAAAAUCAUUAUUUUUGUCCAAUUGGCUUUGAAGCAACCCCUGUUAAGGCGAAUAAAGCAUAUAGCAGGGGUCCCCUCACACCACAGGAAGUAGAAUAUUGGAUCUUAAUUGGAGAAUCGAGUAGAAAACAUCCUGCUAUUCACUGUAAAAAAUGGGCAGAUAUUGUUACUGAUCUGAACACUCAAAAUCCAGAAUAUCUAGAUAUCCGGCACUUAGAGAGGGGACUGCAGUAUCGAAAGACAAAGAAGGUUGGAGGAAAUUUGCAUUGCAUCAUAGCAUUCCAGAGACUUAGCUGGCAAAGAUUUGGCCUUUGGAACUUUCCCUUUGGAACCAUUAGACAGGAAUCACAGCCUCCAACACAUGCCCAGGGAAUUGCCAAAUCUGAGAGUGAGGACAAUAUCUCCAAGAAGCAGCAGGGGCGCCUGGGCCGGUCUUUCAGUACUGGUUUCCAUCAGGACUCGACGUGGAAAAAGAUGUCCAGUAUCCACGAGAGAAGGAACAGUGGCUACCAUGGUUACAGUGAUUAUGAGGGGAAUGACUGACCACGCUGGGUCCCUACGAUGGCACACAGCUGGUCGAUGCAGGACUGCAUUAAGGCAGUACAAGAUUUUAAGUCUAUGUUAAAUAGGAACAGAUCUUGUGGGGCAAAACAUAACCUUGUAGUUCCUCCAGUAAGCUUGCAUAUGAAUAGGAUGGGUGAUUUCAGACAUAUAAACAGAUAAGCACAGAUUUUUUUUUUUGUCCUUUUAAAAUUAAGAGUAUAUGAACAUUCUGGACAGUUUUGCAAAGUCCGAUAAAAUUACAUAUAAACAAAUCAGACACAGUUUCAUUCAAUAGCAUCAUGAUUUGAAAUACUUAAGCAUGAAGGGAUUUCUCAUGACUUGACCCCCAGAUAUUUGUUGCAGUUUUAUUCCUAAGCUCAAAUUUAAGGUACUCUCUCUCUGCCCUUUUUAAAAAAUUGGGGCUGUUGACUUCUAGUUUUUCUCUUGUGGUUAAAGCUCAUUUCAAAUAAUUUAGUGAGUCUAGAAAUUCCUUUUUACUUGUAGCGGUAACUUGCCUGCCUCGUAUUUUUCCUGAUUAACUUUCUCAGGAUUCUCAAUAAAGAGGCAAAAGAGAAAAGACUCCAGGCACUGAUCUUUUCUGCUGGUGCAGAUGGAUGACUUCCUGCAUCAACUUAGGUGUUCUGGACUUUCUUGGUAUGUUGUUGUUACAUAUUGACAAGAAUUUUAGGUCUUGAAAGACUUCUCUAAGUCUACAAUAAACCUUGGUUUAGGGAUAGAGUAAAUGAACAAGUGGGUUUCCCUGAGGGCCCAGUGGUAAAGAACCCGCCUGCCAACGCAAGAGUCAUGGGUUUGAUCCCUGAGUCAGGAAGAUCCCCUGGAGAUGGAAAUGGCAACCCACUCCAGUAUUCUUGCCUGGGAAAUUCAAUGGACAGAGGAGCCUGGCGGGCUACAGUCCAUGGGGUCGAAAAGAGUCAGACAUGACUUAGCAACUAAAACAACAAAAUAACAAGUGGCAUCUGAAGUUUCUACACCCAAAGUAACCUUUGAGAUGAGAUCUGAUAUUUGACUGGUCCCCCCAUAUGGAGUCAUGUGUUGAUAAACAAAAGCAUUAAGGAUGUGUUAGGAUUGCCCAUCACUCAGAGGGCAACUAUCCAUAUUCCGGGCUCUGAGCUCUUUCCUUUUGUAAAACCAUAUAGACUAUUAGCUAUUUGAAGUGAGUGUGUAAUCGUUCAGAACGUGUGGAUUUCAUGUAUUUGAGCUCCUGUCCAGUUGCCGUCAGUUUUUCUUCUUCUGCCAACCUGUGACUCAUGAACAACUAGGAUCUCUUGCUCUUUCAUUCCAGGGGCUGUUCCAGGACUCCAGUCAGUAACUUGAGUAUUACAAGGUGCUGAAUAUGUUGGUAACCAUAUUGCAAUACACCUCAAGGAAAGGGUUCAGAUUUUUAUUUUGAAAAUAUUUUCAUUUCCUUCUCUUUUGAAUUUUAUAUCCAUGUAUCCACUCAGAUACUCCUAGCCUACAGAUGGGGAUAUUAUGAAAUGGGCAUUUUUCUGAAGAGAAUAUUUUGCUUGAAAGGCCAAGGACUGAAAGAGAUUUGUAGGUUGUUGAUUUUGUUACUUCAUACUGGAACUUUUAAGAAGUUUUCAUCAAUAAAGUUUUGUUUUCUACUUUUAA